AUGGGACUCCUUCACGAGAUCGCGGGCCACCCGCUCGCCCAGCAGUUCCAAGAGCUUCCCCUGGGCCAGCAGGUCGGCAUUGGCUUUGGUGCCGUCGUCGUCCUCUCCGUUAUCCUCAAUGUGCUCAGCCAGAUCCUCUUCGUCAACCCCAACGAGCCCCCCAUGGUGUUCCACUGGUUCCCCUUCAUUGGAAGCACUGUCACCUAUGGAAUGGACCCCCCUCGCUUCUUCAAGGAGAACCGCGCCAAGUUCGGCGAUGUCUUUACCUUUGUCCUCCUCGGCAAGAAAACCACCGUUGCCGUGGGCCCCUCCGGAAACGACUUUAUUCUCAACGGAAAGCUUAAGGACGUUUGCGCUGAGGAGAUUUACACUGUUCUCACCACUCCCGUCUUUGGCAAGGAUGUUGUCUACGACUGCCCCAACGCCAAGCUCAUGGAGCAGAAGAAGUUCAUGAAGAUCGCUCUUACCACCGAGGCCUUCCGAUCCUACGUCCCCAUCAUCUCUGGCGAGGUGCGCGACUACUUCAAGAAGAGCGCCGACUUCAAGGGCAAGACCGGCAUUGUCGAUAUCCCCAAGAAGAUGGCCGAGAUCACCAUCUUCACCGCCUCCCACGCCCUCCAAGGCAGCGUCAUCCGCAGCAAGUUUGACGAGUCCCUCGCCGCUCUCUACCACGACCUUGAUAUGGGCUUCACCCCCAUCAACUUCAUGCUUCACUGGGCUCCUCUCCCCUGGAACCGCAAGCGUGACCACGCUCAGCGAACCGUCGCCAAGAUCUACAUGGACACCAUCAAGGAGCGCCGCAACAAGGACAACGAUGACACCGAGCACGACAUGAUGAAGCAUCUCAUGAACUCGACCUACAAGAACGGCACCCCCGUCCCCGACCACGAGGUCGCCCAUAUGAUGAUUGCCCUCCUCAUGGCCGGCCAGCACUCUUCUUCUUCCACCAGCUCUUGGAUCAUGCUCCGUCUCGCCCAGUACCCCCACAUUAUGGAGGAGCUCUACCAGGAGCAGGUCAAGGCUCUCGGUGCCGACCUCCCCCCUCUGAAGUUUGAGGAUCUUGCCAAGCUCCCUCUCAACCAGGCCAUCAUCAAGGAGACUCUCCGCCUCCACGCCCCUAUCCACUCUAUCAUGCGCGCCGUCAAGUCCCCCAUGCCUGUUCCCGGAACCAAGUAUGUUAUCCCGACCUCGCACACUCUCCUGGCCGCUCCCGGUGUCAGCGCUUCCGACCCUGCCUACUUCCCCAACCCCGAUGAGUGGGACCCUCACCGAUGGGAGGCCGGUUCGCCUAACGCCCCUACCAUUGCCCGCAACAACGCCGAGGAGGAAGAGAAGAUCGACUACGGAUACGGCCUUGUCAGCAAGGGCUCCGCUUCUCCCUACCUGCCCUUCGGUGCCGGUCGUCAUCGCUGCAUCGGCGAGCACUUCGCCAACGCGCAACUGCAGACCAUUGUGGCCGAGGUUGUCCGUGAGUUCAAGUUCAGCAACGUCGACGGCGGCAACACUCUUAUUGGCACCGAUUACGCCUCGCUCUUCUCGCGACCCCUGGAGCCUGCCAACAUUCGCUGGGAGAGACGCCACUAG